GUGCUGGGGUGCUGGCCGUACAAGGGUAUAUUGAAGAUCUCUUCCAACCUUGAUUCUGGGAUUCUCAUAAAAAUGAAAGCCUAGAGAAUUAUUUUCAUAGUUUUACAUUGUGGGAUUGAGAUGCUUUAUUAGAUCUUGGCAAAUUUCAGACUUGCAGCAGAUCAUUUUGGUGAUGGUGAUGCUGACUGGAUUUCACAUUUACCCCGUUUUAUAGUUGUCCCAUAAAUAUUUCUGAAAUAAUCUCUCAAAUGUAUACCAAUUAUCACAGAAUUGCAAUAAACAGUUCUUAGUGGGCCAAGAGGUUUCUAGUCCAAGUUCAGUAAACAAUCCCAAACUCAAACCCUUUCUCUGAAGGCAAGUUCAUUCUCUAAAUGAGACUUCAAUGGAAACCCUUCAUAUUUAGGCAUAUUAAUUGUAGGCUUCUGCUGCCAACAAAAUGAAGCAGGCUCAUUCCAAGCAAUACCUGCUGUAAUUUAGAUUGAAUUGCUGAAAAGUUUUUAACAUUAUAGCUGUAAACUUUGCAAUAGCAAAUAAAGCAGAAAUCUUAGCUGGGACCGAAAUAUUCAUUAUCUGAAGCCAGAAAUCAAGCUUCAGUUGCACUCUUUUAUGUAGUAAAUUGUCCCUCAGAUAAAGCUGAUUGCCUUAACACAGCUAAAAACCAUAUUUAUUCUGACUGUAUUUGUUAAAAUCUGUGCUUACAUGCGGCUCUGGUUUGACUGAGUAACUUUUAACCUCCUUUAGACAUCUUUUACUGCAUCAUGUAGUGAAAAAUACAAUGAAUGCUUUACAAACUAAACUGGACCUCUGUGGUACAAAAAUAGGGGAGAUACAAAAUGCAAUUUUAAAAAAAUUGCUUGCAAAAAUCAAAAAUAUCAAGGAUAAGUAGAAUGAAUGGUAAAAUAUACAUAUAUUUGCAAUUCACCCAGGAAGUCCCAUUUUCUGCAAUCGCUCAGAGGAAAAAAGCUUGCCAUACUCUUAAUCCAAAAAUUAUAGCUAGAAACUUAUGCCCCAAUACAAACAAACAAACCACCAAACCAACAGCAGCAAAAAACCCAACCCCUCAAAUGUAACAAUUAAGUCUCAGACAGGUUAAGCUCAUGACUACUAUGGGGCCUGUUCAUGUCAGUUCACUUUGGCUGUGAUUUUUUGGUCUUUUUUAAUUUUAUUUUAUGGUGAUGUUGUAAUUGUUUCAGGGUUCUUUUUUAUCUGAGGUUUUUGCUGUGUCUGCAUGGUACUGGCAGUUUUCUGUACGUGGUCUUUUCUUUAGAUAACUUCCCUUCAUUUAGGAAGCUUUAUUAGGACAGAGCAUCACUUGUUAGCCAAAUUUAGAAAAUUUGGGAGGUCCCUAAACACGUCUGUACUUCACUCCUACUUAAAGCACUUUUAAGAUCCCAACACUGGAAACAACUUGUUUGAACACUAAACCUCAACGUUAAGGUCAAUUUGUUAACUUUUUCACCACACGUUUUGUUUCUGCCGCUUCAAGUAUUGCUUAGACUUCCUGAUUUCAAAAUCUGGCCAGGAACUCAAAAUGGCCUUUCAGGAAAAGUCAUCCCAAAAGCACAGGGGUAACCACGCCACACGCUGCCGUUUUUUAGUCCCUUUUUUAUUUUCCUUUUUGGAGAGAGGGGAUGUGGUUUCACUGCACUUCUGUUACCGUAUUUUUACCACAUUUUGGCUUUGUCGAGUGCCUGAGGUGCAGGGCUGGAGGGAGCACAGCCUGUUCUGGCAGUGUAGGAGCACUUGUCGUCUCACUGCUUCGAAAGCCGUCUCUGCUUUUUUUUUUUUUUUUCCUUUCCCGUUUUUAUUUUUCUUUUGGAGACAGCCGGGUGUUUUCAGUGCAUUUUCACCGCAUUUUGAGCACAUUUUGGCUUUGUUUAGCGCUGGAGGUAGCACAGCCUGUGGUUCGGUCCGUGUAGGCGCGCUCGCUGCCCCGCCACCUCCGCUUUUUCGCACCUUUUAAUCUUUCUUUCCGAGCGAGUGGGGGAUAUUGUUUACUGCAUUUUUACCGCACUUUGUCAUUGUUGAGUGCUGGAGGCGCAGGGCUGGAAGAAACACGGGUUGUUCGGACAGCGUAGGACUACCCGUGGUCUCGCCGCCCGCGGCGCCGCGAGUGAUCCGUAAACAAAACCCUCGGUUUUGUUUACACGGGCGGCGGGGCCUGGGUUGCGCGGGUGGUCUGAGCCUGCCCCCAUCGCCACGACAGCGACCUUCCCGCCCCGCUCUCCCUUCAUUCCCCUCCCCUCUCGCCAUCACCCCACGGCCAGGGGCGGUGAGGGGGGGGGGCCGAGCUCGCCCCUUCCUCCCCUCACGGCGGGGCGGGGCCGGGCGCGCGCCUCGGGGCGGGGAGGGCGGGCCGCGCCACGGCCCGUGCAGCCAAUGGCGCGCGGCCACCCCGCGAUUCAAACGGCGCGUCCCGGCCAAUGGGCGCGCUUGGCGGGCGGGCGAGGGGGCGGGGCCGUGCGCGCGGCCGUAACCGUCGCUCGGCGGGGCGGUUGUUCCCCUCAGCGGAGAGCGGCGCGCGCUCGGGCCCCGCUCCCGCCGCUCCGCGGAACCGCCUCCGGCCCGGCGCGGGCGGGCUCCAGGGAUUCUCUUUGGAAAAUGCCAAGCCGGAAGUUUGCUGAUGGCGAGGUGGUGAUGGGCCGUUGGCCAGGAAGUGUCCUGUACUAUGAAGUACAAGUGACCAGUUAUGAUGAUGUUGCUCAUCUUUAUACUGUCAAGUACAAAGAUGGAACUGAACUUGCACUGAAAGAAAGUGAUAUAAGGUCACAGUCAUCAUUCAAGCACAGGAAGAGCCAGUCUUCUUCAAGUUCUCCCUCCAGAAGAAGUAACACCAGAUCCCGCUCUCGCUCUCGGUCUCCAGGUCGGCCAGCAAAGGGCAGGCGUCGUUCUGCUUCCCAAAGCAGGGAACACAAAGAUGACAAAAAGAAAACCAUUCAGGAGGCCAGCUUGGCUCUACCGGUAUUACUGAAGCCGAGUGAGAAUAACACCAAAAGGUACAAUGGUGAACCUGAAAGUACAGAAAAAAAUGACACAUCCUGCAUCAUCUUGGAGCAAAAGUUAAAACCGGACCUGGAAAUCAAGCGUGUGCUUGAGCAGUACAGCUUGCGUUCAAGGAAAGAUGACAAGAAAAAAGAAGAGAUCUAUUCAGAGAAAAAGACUUUUGUGGCUGUAAAACCAGUUGAGAAAGUACCAACAAAAACAAAGGAGCUAGAGUUUGGGGGAAGAAUUGGAACUUUCAUGCUGAUACUUUUCCUGCCUGCUACUGUACUGUACUUGCUGUUGAUGUGCAAACAAGAUGAUCCAAGUCUACUGAACUUCCCUCCUCUGCCAGCACUUGAGAGUCUUUGGGAGUGGAGGGUGUUCGGUAUCUUUCUUCUGUGGUUUUUCAUUCAAGCUGUGUUUUACUUGCUACCAAUUGGAAAGGUUGUAGAAGGCCUGCCCCUUUCCAAUGGAAGGAAACUAGAGUACCGGAUAAACGGGUUUUAUGCUUUUAUUUUGACUGCUGCAGCUAUUGGAGUUUUAUUAUACUUUCAGUUUGAGCUUCAUUAUUUGUACGAUCACUUCAUGCAGUUUGCAGUGUCAGCUGCAGCUUUUUCUUUGGCAUUGAGCAUUUAUCUGUACGUUCGAUCGCUGAAAGCACCUGAGGAAGAACUAGCACCAGGUGGAAAUUCUGGAUACUUUAUUUAUGAUUUUUUUACUGGACAUGAAUUAAACCCUCGUAUUGGCAGUUUUGACCUUAAAUACUUCUGUGAGUUGCGUCCAGGAUUAAUUGGCUGGGUUGUUAUAAACUUGGCAAUGCUCUUGGCUGAGAUGAAGAUCCACAAUCUCAGUGUGCCAUCCCUGUCCAUGGUUCUUGUGAACAGCUUCCAGUUUCUCUAUGUGGUGGAUGCUCUUUGGAAUGAGGAAGCUGUUUUGACUACAAUGGACAUUACCCAUGAUGGGUUUGGAUUCAUGCUGGCAUUUGGAGAUUUGGUGUGGGUUCCCUUUGUCUACAGCCUGCAGGCCUUCUACUUAGUGGGUCAUCCCACCACAAUUACUUGGCCUGUUGCUGCUGCAAUUACUGUCCUGAACUGUAUUGGGUAUUACAUAUUCCGUAGUGCAAACUCUCAGAAAAACAAUUUCCGUCGGAAUCCGGCAGAUCCCAAGUUGGCCAAUCUGAAAUUUAUACCCACUGCAACUGGAAAAGGGCUUCUGGUCACGGGCUGGUGGGGUUUUGUUCGUCACCCUAAUUACCUCGGUGACAUCAUAAUGGCUCUGGCAUGGUCCCUACCCUGUGGUUUUAAUCACAUUUUACCCUAUUUCUACGUGAUCUAUUUCAUCUGCUUGCUUGUUCACCGAGAGGCUCGUGAUGAACACCACUGUAAGCAAAAGUAUGGCUUGGCCUGGGAGAGGUAUUGCCAGCGCGUCCCGUACCGCAUAUUCCCUUACAUCUACUAGAGCACUCCUGGGGUUGAUGGGCAAAUUAUUGCUACACUUAGUUUCCCUGCAGAGAAGAAGAUACCUCUUACCUUUGCACUUGGUCAUUUGUUAUUUAGGCUUUUAAAGAAAACAGAACAAACAAAACCCGAUCAAACGCUGGAGUGCAUCAAAGGUGUUACUUAAAAGUAAACUUCAAGAUGUGAGUUAUGUGAACUGACUGUCUGUGACUUCAAUUUUUAAAGAAUUGUGAAUUUUCAUAACUCUUUGAGCCCUAAUUUUUCAAGCUAAAUUUUAUCUAGAAUUCUGAGUUUACAUUUUUUUAUUGCAUUUAAUUAAGCACUGUGAUGUAAAGUAUAUUAUUUUCUUAAUACAAUAAAUGCUGAAAUUCCAUCCAGUUAAUUUUUUGGUGUUACUUGUACCAUCUAACUUCAGAUGUCCAAUUUAGUUGCCUGAAUUGGAGGAGCAGCAGGGUCUUUUUGGUCAGUGGAGCUGGAAGGAGAGGAUUUGAUCCACGUGAGGGGCCUGCAAGCUCCAGGGCCAGACCUGGCACAGCUCAGCUGGAUGGUUGUUCCCCUCCUGGCUUUUCAUUGAAUGGCAUUUUUUGGUCAGAGAGGCUCAGCUGGCCCCUCCUGCCCUGCACCUGCAGGAGGACAAAGAGAUGAAAUUGGGAGAAGGGGCACAGCUGUUUCCUUCUCCCACCCCACAUUGUUGAGGCAGUUCCAGCACAGCCCAGGGCAUCUCUGAGCUGCUGCCUGGCAGCAGCCCUGGCUCUAGGGAUGGAAGCCACACUGGUGGCUCACACUCCUGGAGGGAGAUGAAGCACUUCAAACAACUGCUGUGGCUGUGGAAGGGAAUUGUUUACCCUCAGCUUGCCUCUGUCAUUGAACACGGGGUAAAAAGUGUGCAGUGUCUGCCUGUGAGGCACAAAAGGAGAAAAUGACCACAGUUGGCUUCUUCUGAUCUUUGUAAAUUAAGUCUUAAUGUACCAUAGUGUUUACCAAGUGUGUAUAAUAAAGCCUCCACAUUUUUGCUGUACAGUGUUUGGGUUUGAAAAACGCAACAGCUUUUUUUUUAGAAACAGGAGAAAUCAGUUACUAAACCAAUUUCCAGUAAUUUUUAAAAAGUUAAUUGAAUAAAGAUUUUUGUAAAUUAAUGUAGUUAAUUCAUUAAACAAUUGAAGUAUUCAUUUAAAUAUUUGUAUUGACAGAUAUGCUAUGAAAAUAUAGGAAAUGCUCCUCAAUCCAAAGUUGUUUUUUUGGUUUCUUUUUGUUUUUAAUUUGGCAUUGCUACCUCAUAUGUAGGUGUUGCCUUUUGUACUGUUGCAGAUAGAGAAAUAGCUAUUUUUUUGCUAUUGCUAUUUAAAACAACAUUUUUUUACAUGAGCCUGUGGUUAAACUCAACCACUUUCUAAUAUAUUUUUGUAUAUAUUUGACUUUUAACUAAUGUCUGUGUUCUGGUCACUAGCUGUGUUCUUCGUCUAACUGGCUGUAAAUGAGAUGCCCUUGUGGUAUUUACUUCAUAAGUAGAAUAAUUUUACUGAAAUACUCUUGCUUAAUUAAUUAGCUUUUAUUCUGGUGUCACAAGUAAGAGCCUUUCACACACUUUGUACAUGAGGUUUAUAGCACAAGUUGCCCUGAAAAGCUUAUUAGAAUAUUAAAUAUAGUGCAGAUACUUCUGCACUUGCUUGCAGGAGUGUUCCUAAUAAAUUGGAAUGUUAUUUAUCAAUUUUUUCAGUUAUUUUAAAAUGCUGAUGUAAUUGAAAUCUAGCAUGUGAUUUUUUUAAAAUAAAAUAACCUAUUUUGUACACGGGCAUUUUUUAAAGAUAAUUGUACAAUUGAAGUGUAUAUAAUGUGGCUUGAUUGUUGGUGUUGUAAGGAAAUUGUUUUAAGACAAGUACUUUGAUUGCUGGCAGAAAAUAGCAGUGCCUCUAACAAGACUCGAGAGAAUUCACUCCUGUGAAGCAGCAGAUUAAACUGGGAUAUUGCUGUUUUCAAUCCUUGUUAUGUGAAUUUCUGGGAAAUGGAGAAAUCAUUAAAUGGCCCUGGUGUGCAGCUGGUGUUUUAAAGUCUGCUGAAGGAAAGGGCACUUUAAUUCCUCAGCCUGUAAAGCAGGAGCUGCUCCUGCUGCUCUUCCCAGUUUUAUCUGUUGCCACCCGAGAUUGUUCAAAUGUCAUUCAGAGCCCUUGUCUUUCAGAAUCUGAUCCUGACCAAUGACAACUUCAGUUCAUUUACAUUCUGAAUUUUAUGCGAAUUUGAUUUUGAAGUUAACUGUUUUUAAUACAAAGCAAACCCAUGAGCUAAAAUAAAGGUUUUGUUUAAGACUGA